AUGAUGAUUCAGGUGGCAGCCCUUUUAAUUGCCUCAGUUUGGCAAUCGACGUGGGCGAGCGAAGAAGGAAGUCUAGCGACAACCUCGCUAAAUUCUCCGCAAGACUACCAUUUAGGCCGAACUCAAAGCCUCAACCCCUUAUCUCAUCGCUUCUCUGCACCUGAAUUGGCACCGCACCUUCUGCUGAAUGAUGCUAAGGUUGCUCUUCCUGAUUUAAGUUCCUCGAGGAGGAGAGCUCACAGAAGCCUUUCAAAGGGAAUUGCUGGACGUUUAAAAGAUAUAUUCUCCAAAAUCAAAAAGUUUUUCAGCAAAGAAUCUCUGCUGCAGAAGGCACAAGUAGACGGUGCCAUUGAUGCCUACGUAGCAUCACCAGAGGGCUCCAGUACUCUGGUUUGCGUGGUAGCACAUACUGAAGAUGAGGCAAGGAAAAAAGGCUCUAAAUUUUGCGCAAAGUUUAAGGAAGAGCAUAUAAGAGAAAUAUGCAACAAAUACGUCGACGAAGCCAUUUUUAUACUGAGGGCUGCAGCAGAAAAAUGCAGCGCACCCGUAAAAGGCGACUGCCUCCUUCAAAACCUCCGCUUACCCAUUGUUCAUCCCCUUCUCACUGAGAGAACAGGCCCUUCUGAGUACCACUUGAAGGACGUCAGUAUUCCUUCUUUUUCUCCUGAGGAAUUCUCUGAGUCAAGCCGCUGGGAACAAAUCACGAAGCUUGAGGGUCUCUAUUCCGCUGACUCCCCAACACGUUGGACUCUCCACGAGAGGGUCAAACGAGAAAGCACGCGGUUAAGCGAAAAAGCGGCGAAAAAAAGCAAGAAGCAAAGGGACAAAGAUUUGUAUUUUUGGAGAGCGUGGCAGCUGGUGGCUCACCUGCUUGGCAGCAAGCCACACGUGGACACGUUGCUGGUCCGUUUAGUUCUACUUUUUCUCUCUUUCAAGAGCUGCUCGAAGAAGAAGAUAGUACUCACCAUCAAGGGUAGAAGGGAAAGAGCCGCUGCUUCGGAUACGAGACGGAAAGCGCUGCUAAGUGCAUUUGCUGAGAGUCUGCACAUCCGAGACUGCGCAGCAAAGCAGGAGGAAUUCAACUGUCAAGUUCUGUCCCACUUUGUCGCUUUAGACUCACAUUUAAAAGCUCAACUGCAGCCAUUAAAUGACAUUAAUGUUCCUAAAGCUACUAUACCGGCUUUCGCACUCAAAAAAGAGGAAUCAAAUAUUUCGAACCUCAGCGGUGCAAAGCAACUCACAGAGGAAAUCGAAGAAGAUUUGGAGGCAGAUGUAACCUACGCAAAUACAGUGGCCGCGUCCGUGGGAUCGAAAUUAAUGGACGUAAUUGCCAAGUCGCGUAUGGCCCGAGUGCUCAUGGCUUCGAUCGUGAGCGGCGUCUUGCGCUUUGUGGAUUCGUUCAGAGGCAGCAAGAAGAGCAAGACAGAAUCCGCCUCCAGUGCAAGCAAGGCGUCAAAAAUCGUAGCAGCAACAGCACAACCAAGUGCUCAAGCAAGCAGCAAAGCCACAAUUGCUGCUAUCGCCUACCUGAUGGGUGCUUCACGAGCUGCCUCAGUUUACCUCAUGACUGCGAAAAAUGGCCUCGCCGAGCUGCAGGCUGCCAUUGUGCAACGUGUGCUGAGGAGUAGACUAAUGAGAGAGAGAGCAAAACAAAAGCCAAAGGUUUCCAUUAAAGACAGACUGAAAAACAUACGUAAAUCCGACCGAAAGGAAGCAGGAGCCCAAUCAUUCCUUCUGUCAUCUUCAAAACUCUACCCCGAGAAAAGUUUCAAGAAAAUAUCAGCAGCGGCUGCUUGCGGUAGGCUCUGCAAGCUAAUAAGUGCCUCGUAUCUGCAGUCCGUUGAAGAAGCGCAGGGCAUUGGCACAACAGGAAAGUUGCUGCUAGCUGGGGGAGCGUUUCUCUUCAUCGGCAUAUCUAUGUUGGGUACUAUGGUCCCUGGGGGUCUAGUCGCAGGCCUUAUAAUUGCGGGUGUUAUUGCUCUUUUGAUCCCCUUAAUCAAAAGGGUAAUGGAAUUUUUAUCCGGUCGCGGUGGUGGCAAAGCCGCAGAAGGAGGAGAAGAGGAGGAACUAAUGGGGGGGGGUGAAGCAGAGCCAGAGCCAGCUCAGGAAGAGGAAGAGGAGUAG